AUGCAUGCACAGUACAUUCCAAGAAAAUUUGUCCGAUUCUACGGAAAUAAUCUGUCAAAUUCAGUAGUCUUGAAAGUUCCAAGUGGAGCAAAUUGGAAAUUGGAAUUAGUGAAAUGUGAUGGUGAGAUUUGGUUCCAGAAUGGCUGGCAAGAGUUUGUGAAGUUUUACUCUAUAGUUUAUGGAUCCUUUUUAGUUUUUGAAUACAAUCAAACAAAUUCUGAAUUCAAUGUAACUAUAUUCGAUACGAGUGCUUUAGAAAUAGAUUAUCCGUUAGAGAUCGCGAACAGAAACAAUGAAGAGUCUCAUCAAGAAACUGAAAAUGAAGUUUCUGUUGAAAUCUUGAAUCACAAAACAAAAGGGAAAUCACCAAUUUUAUUUCCUCGGCCUUCGAAUAAGAAAAUAAAGCUUGACAAGUCCACAGGAAAUGGAGCCAAAUCAUUGACAGGUGAAGAAAAAGCUGAAACACUUAGAACAGCAGUUUCCAAUUUUACGUCCGAAAAUCCCUUUUUCAUGGUUACGAUGCAGCCAACGUAUCUUCAUCGCCGUGAUUAUAGACUGAAUAUACCAACAAGCUUUGUGAUGGAAUAUUUCAACAAGCCACAAGGCAGAGUUCUCCUUAGAAUUGAUGGGAAAUUAUGGCCUACUAAGUGCAAGUACUACGACUCUGAUGGAAGACCAUCAGCAAAACUGAGUCACGGUUGGAAAGAAUUUGCGAUUGGAAAUCGUUUGGAAAUUGGUGAUAUUUGUGUCUUUGAACUGAUCGAUCGUUGUAAUACUACACUGGAAGUUUCCAUUUUUCGGACAUAUCGGGGAUGCUAA